AUGUCUCAUCCUUUUGCCAAUUUUGGAACUGAUGCUAUUCAUGGAGGCCAUGAGCCAGAGAAGUACGAACUGCUUCAGGUAGGUACUAUACUUUUAAGAUUUUUGGGGUUUAAAUUUGAUAAUUUUAGUGUUUGCCUUUGAUAACUUUGAAGUUUGAUAAGUUUUGAAAAAAGCAGCCGAACUUAAAUUUUGACAUUAAGAGCCUUCAGAAUCUUGUAAAUCUGUCCUCAACAAAUUUGGUUAAAAUUUUAAAAUUUCCAGGUAGUACCACCAAUUUCCGUUUCUACCACCUACAAGCAAGAAGUUCCUGGAGUGCCAAAACUUUAUGACUAUGGCCGUGCCGGCAACCCCACCCGUGAUGCUCUAGAACAGAAUCUAGCUGUGCUAGAACAAGCUAAGUUCGCUAGAGUAUUCAGCAGUGGAUUGGCUGCCACUGCUUCCAUUGCCAACUACUUGAAGGCUGGUGAUCAUAUUGUAUGCAACGAUGAUGGCUACGGUGGAACUCAGCGAUUUUUCCGAAAAGUUUCGGUGGAAAAGCAUGGGAAAACAAUUGAUAUGGUCGAUUUGACGAAUAUUAAUGCUUUACAGGCGGCUCUAAAGCCAGAGACUAAGAUGGUUUGGUUCGAAACUCCAUCGAAUCCGUUGUUGAAGAUUGCUGAUAUCAAGUUGGUCACAGAGACGGUCAAAGCUUAUAAUCAGGAGAUCUUGGUGGUGGUUGAUAAUACUUUUAUGACUCCGUACUUCCAGGUGGGUUAAACGUGUUAUAACUUUUUUUUAAUGGGCGUGGGUUUAAAAAUGAUUUUUAAUGAAUUUUUUACUUUUUAAAAUUUACUUUUUAAAAACUUUUUACUGAUUUUAAAAGGAUAUAACUUAGUUAUGACAAAAGCAAUAAAAGGCAAAUUCAGAAUAGACAAAGCGUAGUGCCUGAUGACAAUUUAUGUGAAAAUUUACGUUUUUAACAGGCAUUUUAUAGAAGUUACAAAUUUUUCAAGGUUCCACACUAAAAAAUCGAAAAAUUAAAAAAAAAACUCAAACCUAACUUUAAAAAUUUCAGCGCCCUCUAAGUUUUGGUGUAGACAUUGUGAUCCACUCCCUGACGAAAUACAUUAACGGCCACACUGACGUUAUCAUGGGUGCAGCUCUAACUAACCGCGAAGACCUUGAUCAGCAUCUUUUCUUCGAGCAAUUGGCCGUUGGAGCAGUGCCAUCGCCAUUCGACUGCUUUUUGGUGAAUCGAGGAAUCAAGACGUUGCACUUGAGAAUGAAAGCUCAUUUCGAAAAUGGAUUGGCAAUUGCAAAAUGGCUGGAAGAGAAUGACAGAGUGGAGAAGGUUUUGUAUCCUGAACUCCCAUCUCAUCCUCAAUAUUCACUUCACAAGGCUCAGGCCAAGGGCAUGAGUGGAAUGAUUUCGUUUUAUAUUAAAGGCGAUCUCAAGGAGGCACAGACUUUCUUGUCUGCUCUUAAGGUAAGGUUUUGGGUUGGUAGUUGGCGUUAGCAAGGGUGGAAUAGAAGACGGUUUGUUUUGGCAGGGUAGAGUACAGUAGACCGAGUAGUGUGGGAUAGGGUAGAGCAGUGCUGUUAAAAAUUUGAAUAACCGGCUCAAACAACGCCGAAAAUUCAAACAAUUUUUGUUGAAAAUGAAUUUCAAACAAUUUUACUUUUUUGAUUAUCCAUAAAAACCGAAAAACAUAAACAAUUAAAAUUCUUCAGCCAUUUCUCCUUUUUCUCACAAGGGAAAUCCACAACCUCUUGUUGAAAAUGAAUUUCAAACAAUUUUGAACAAAUCAAACAAUUUUGCCAAAUAAAAAAUUGUUUUGUCUCUUUGUUCAAAUCAUUUUGAACAAAAAAUUGUUUUGUUUGAUUAUUCAAAUUGUUUUGUUUUUAACAGCACUGGGGUAGAGUAUAGUAGGGUACUGUAGGGUACAUUUUUUGGGAGGGUAUGGGUUUUAAAAUUUCAAUUUUUCCGAAAGUUCUAAUUGUUUCACUUGCAGAUCUUCACCCUAGCCGAAUCCCUCGGCGGCUACGAGAGUUUGGCCGAACUACCGGCCGUAAUGACUCACGCUAGUGUUCCAAAAGAAGAACGUGACAAGAUUGGUCUCUCCGAUAACUUGGUUCGAAUCUCAGUGGGAAUCGAAGAUAAGGAAGACCUUAUCAAUGAUCUGGAUCAGGCUCUGAAAAAGGCUGUCAAGGCUUGA